GUCAGUAUAAACUUCCAAAGUUUCUUUAAUUCGCGUCGCUACAUCGUCGUAUUGAACCACGGGCAUGUGUUUGUAUGGUUAAUCUUCAGUAUCAACGACCUUUACUCUCUUCCGAUACUCAGUCAUCCUAACCACGGUUAUCAGCCAAAAAAAACGAAGCAAGGCACCUGGGUUGUUCUUGUUUAUUGAAGCCAUUUCACCUUGAAUCCAAAAGGCUUCUUCAGGUCAAAAUUUCAGGCAUGGCUGUGUUUGACAAGUGCUCAGUGCUUUUGGACCUGAAAAACUUGUCCUUUAAGGAGAGGAAGAGUCUGAAGUUGUCCGUGACAGAAAAUGGAGGAAGCCUUUGUUUUGUGGUCAACAAACAAUGCUCCUUCGUCGUGGUCAGCAAUGUGUCACACCUCAGCCCAAACAGACUGCGGAGCAUCUGCAAGUUCCAGACCCCGGUGGUGGGGCUGGAUUAUGUGCACAGUUGUCUGCAGAAAGGCAUCCUUCUUCCUGUGGAUGACUACAAACUGGACAUAUCCUCCCUAGAUGCGUCUUCUCACAUUCUUCCUCUCUGCUCAACUGAACAAAGUCCAUUCAAAGAUGAAGAGAGCAGAGCUGUUGUCAAGCCAUCCAAGGAUAAAACCUACCCUCCAGAUAAGAGUGGAAGCGUACUGGGCAAGUUCAGGAUUUAUACAGAACAGGAUGAAGAUAUUCCAGCAUAUCCAGAUGACUUCAAUGUUGCCAAGUAUUCCAUCUUUCAUAAGAAUGACAGCGGAACUUGGUGUGUGUUGGAGCUGCAGAGCGCCAAAGGACAGAAGAGGCAGCAGUACCGCGUGAUUAACUACCGGAAGAACCAGACAAUACCAAAUGACAUGGUGACAUUCCCAUCGACCUCAGAGGAGGCUGUGGAGGUCUACCAGGCACUGACUGACAUCCUGCUGGCUUCGGGUCUGCGCCCAUGGGCCAGCAUUCCCCCGCAGGAUCAGAACCUUGGCUCGUACGCCCUUCAGCAGCUGCUGCUGGAGGAGAAGCUGAACACCGGAGUCUUGUCACGAGACGUGGCCGUCUUUGUGGAGCUGCUGUGGACUGAGGCCCUGGGUUGCCUAGGCAACAUCCUCAAAGUUCCUGUUAGCAAACUCAGCCUCAAUGACGUAAGACUUUCCUGAUUGUACCACGAUCAG